AUGCAGCUGGGACCUAUGAUGGGGAUGGUGGGUAAAGCACAGGAGAAGAUGGUGGAUAUGGAUAUCACCUGCAUCUGUAUUCCCAGCAAGGCUGAGGGUAUGAGUGGUCUGGUGCUGUUGUCAUCGAACCCGAUGGGCCAACCCAUAAAGAAUCAAGACUCCAACACAUCCACCUGCCUUUACGAGGCCUUCAUGAUCAUUUCCCUCAAGGCUACCUUAGUGUCAAGGUCCAGUCCCGUAUCCGAGACAUGGUUAUUUCGCUCUUCGGGCUGUCAGACGAAUGUGUGGGUCCUCGACCUUGACAUAACCCUCAAAUGGUCAUCUUUCUUCAAGUCGAACCUUCGAGCGCAAGAAUACUCUGGUGCAAGGUCCCGCUACGCGAUCGACGAUGCUGCAUUGAAAAUUGUAACGAGCGGAGCAAAGCAAGCAUACCAUUGA